UAUCCUUUUAUAUGAUAUUAGUCUGAAGUAUUGUCACUUUCACCGUCCUCUUGGUAGCUUCGCCUAACGACUAUCCACCAUUUUUCUUUCGUCUGGAACAACCGGACUUGUGGAAAUAACAAGAGGUUUGAAUUUUUGUUUUAUUAAUAUACAUAUAUAUAUAUAUAUAUAUUUGGACUCUAAAAUAGGGACUGAUCUUGUCAAACGUUAUAGAUUACUUUGCAAGUCAUAAACCAAAAGUUCGUCAGGAAAGCGUACAUUUUCAAAAUAGAGGCUUCUUCUGCUUAAAGUUGGAUUACUUGUUUUUAUAUGAGAAUACUAUCUUUAUAACUUCUGGUGAAGCAUGGAUUAAAAAGAUCUAAACUUUGCAUUGCACGUUUCCGCCUGUUGAAACGUCGUUGAUAAUUUAUUGAGUUUUUGGUUUUUUGCUUGUUAAUUUUAUAAUUGUUUGUAUACCCUCUUUUGAUUGAAAAGCUUGCGUUUUUGUUUACAAGUUUUUGAUAUCCUAAGCAUCUUUUGGCCCUUAUUUAGCAUCUUUCUAUCGCGCUGAUUAUAUUUAUAUCUUUAUUUUUUAAGUAUUUAUUAGCAAGUGUUUCGUCGGUAACUGCUGUUCCAUCCGUUUUUUUAUUUUUGAUUUCCCUUUAUUACUUUAAUCUUUAUAUUCACAUUUCGUCAGUUAAAAGAUCACUUUCUUUUUUGUUAGAAGUUUGCUUCGGUUUCCUUUUAUACAGAUAAUAUGAAAAAAUACUUGUGGAGAACACCGUCUAUGGCAAAUCAUCAUGGGCGGACGUCUAAGGAAGUUAUGAAAUGUAAUACUGUCGAUGAUUUUUUUUCUAUAAUGCGCAAAGUGGGUGAUGGAACUUUUGGUUCUGUACAUUUGGCUACCCGUAAAGGUUCGACAAAGGUAGUAGCCAUUAAAUCCAUGAAGAGAAAGCUAUUGAAAAUAUCAGACGCUGCUCGGCUACGUGAAGUGCAUUCUUUGCUUCAUCUGUCAGAACAUGAAAAUAUUGUUAAUAUUUUCGACCUUUAUAUUGAUCGAUCUUUUUGUUUACAUAUCGUAAUGGAAUACCUUGAAUGCAAUCUGUUUCAGUUGAUUAAUUCCCGACGAGACAAACCUUUUUCUUACAACACUGUUAGAGAUAUCAUGAGCCAGAUAUUUAGAGGUUUAGGUCAUAUACACACGAACGGCUUCUUUCAUCGAGACAUGAAACCCGAGAAUAUUUUGGUAUCACCAAUAGAAAAUUCUAGUUUCUACAAGGUGAAAAUUGCAGACUUUGGUCUUGCUCGGGAAAUUAAUUCCAAUCCACCCUACACGGAAUAUGUCUCUACUCGCUGGUAUCGGGCCCCUGAGUUAUUACUUCGGGAUUCAUAUUAUUCAUAUCCUGUUGACAUAUACGCUGCAGGUUGUAUGGCUUUUGAAAUUGCAACAUUGCAGCCAAUAUUUCCUGGAAUGGAUGACAUUGAUCAGGUGUAUAAAAUAUGUGAAAUUUUAGGAAGCCCAGACGAGGAAUCUCAAAAUAUGGGAUUUGGAGGUGGCGGUGCUUGGAAGCAGGCAGAGAAGUUAACUAGAGAGCUGGGAAUAAGUUUGCCCAAGUUAGUACCUUUGAAUCUAAAAGAGUUAUUUUCGCCGCCAUGGAAUGGGCCUUUUGCUUCCAUGCUCACCCAACUUUUACAAUGGAAUCCAGAGUCGAGACCCACCGCUCAAAAAUGUCUAGAGCUUGAAUUUUUUAACUCAGAAGAAGAAAAGUUUGAAGAACCCAAAACGAAUCAAGUUGGGAAAGCUGGUGAUACUCAAGUUUCUGUAUCGAUGUAUCCAUUUCCGAAUGCAUUUACAAAAGUUACGUUACCUUAUGUUGCGGAUAAGGCUGAUACUACGUCUUCUAAGCUAUUGCAAAAGUUCCACAAAGGGUUUACCGGCUUUAAGCGUACGUUUCAAAAGUCAAGUAAGCAGAAGAAGCCCUCCAAGAAGACAGCUCAGACGAUUUCCACACCAAUGGAUCGUCCGCCUUCUCCUUUUUUUCCUAUACUUCCUCAAAUUCGGCCAUCAACGCCUUUGAACUUGAAAUUGAGAAACUACUUGCUUUCAACUGCGGAAUAUAAUGUAGCAAGUAAGAGUAUGCCUAUGUUUAUGGAAACCUCGCAAUCUGAAGUUUCGAGCCAGUCAAACGACAAAGAGAACAAACAAAUCGGAAACUCAACAAAUCCUAGUCCUCGAAGUAAUUUCGAGCCAGUUAUCCCGAGAAAGUCGUUACCAUCGUAUUCUGAGCCAGAAACUACUUCUCCUACAACCUUGAACGACAAGAGUACCACCUUUCAUUCAAACAAAUUCAGUGGAUAUUCUACAUGCAGCUCAAGAUCUACAGAACAAACGUAUUCAAUUUUGUUGGAUUCUGCUGAUUGGGAACAAACUGCACUUUGGAAGAAAAGUAGCUUAAAGGGUGAUUCCGAUGCCCAAGUAACGAAGCGACCUUUAAAGAACUUGAAUAGCGAUAUUGACGAUGAUGAUCGUGACGACAGUGGUAAAGCCCCGAAUAUGGAUUUAAGAAAGUCGUCGAUUUUGUCUUCAAAUAUCCUUGAACAGGAUUUCCCGGAUUUUGGUGUUACAUCGCUUGCAGAUACAUUGGGUGUUCCUGGGUUGAAUUCAAGAACCGACUCUCAUGUGACAUCUCAAACAAUAUCCUAAUUGCAUGAUGGAUAGAUAAUUUUUGGACCUUUCUUUGCUUAUUUUUUUUGUCAUUCUUUUAUUGUGUAGACUACGUUGUUUACACGCAUUCUAUUUUUCUAUCUUCUUGACUUUCUUUUGUUUCCUUCUUCUAUUCAAAAGUCUAACAGUGCUUGCUGUUGACUCACCAUAGGCAACCCUCUCACAUGAAAUCGGUUUUCUUUUUAACAUAGGCUGCCUUAAUUAUUUAUAUCUAAAUACCCUUAUUACUUCACAUUCUUCUUUCAUUGACUGGGGGAAAUUUAAGAUGUCGCUUAUAUUCCUAACCCCGGAAAUGAACAAUAAUCUCUUUAUCAUUAUCCCUCCUCGAUAACGAAUCAAUUCCUUCUUUCUAUAAUAAAAUUGACCUUUGCUUUUGAACCGACUUAGAAAAACGGAAAAAUAAUACUCGUACCGUAACGAAAAAUCUACCAUAUGACCUUGAAAGUUGCCAGAAUGAAUGUUUACAUGAUUUACAAAAUUGUGUCCCUCAUUGGAAUUUUCGCCGAACCUUAAAUGGAUAAACUACUAAUAGUGAUUUCAUCUGAGUCAAUUAUGCUCUCAUUGAUAUCGUUUAUUUCUGCCACGACGUCAUUGAGUUUGAAAUUUCGUCAGUCAUUUCUUGCACUUUAUAUAGACGGGGAAUCACCAUCUUGUCCACAACUUAAUUAUAAUCAUAGUCAUUAAGGUUUAUUAUAGUGAGUAUCAGAUUUGUUGGCUGUUUCUAUCAAUUCAGUUGUUUUAAAGUUCCAUUGUUUCUCGUUUGCGA